GGAGCAUGUAUAAAAUCAAUUGCUAAAGCAGGUGGACAAACCACCAAGAAUUUCCAUGUAUUUUCCUACAAAGAAUUAAAAGCUGCCACUAAUGGAUUCCGUUCAUCCAACAAGAUUGGAGAGGGAGGAUUCGGCACUGUCUACAAGGGCCGGCUUGGAGAUGGAACUUUUGUGGCAGUAAAAGUGCUAUUGGUUGAGCUUGAAUCAUUGAGAGGUGAAAGGGAGUUUAUAGCUGAAAUAGCUUCACUCUUCCAUAUCAAACAUGAAAAUCUUGUUACACUUCGAGGGUGUUGUGUUGAAGGAGCUAAGAGAUUUUUGGUGUAUGAUCAUAUGGAAAACAAUAGCCUUGCUCACACCUUUCUUGGUGGAGAGAAAAACAGGAUGAGAUUUAGCUGGACACUGAGGAGGGAUAUCUCAUUAGGAAUCGCUCGUGGACUUGCCUAUCUCCAUGAAGAGUCUAAGAAGCUCAAGACUCAGAAAUCGCCAUAG